AUGUCUCAGAAGGAUGCUUUUCCAAAAUUGUACAGAAUUCCGAAGAAGAAUAACAGCAAGCAAGGCACGGCGAUUGAGCUCUUGACAUCUUCACCGCUUCUAAAAUCUGGAGUUACGGGGUGUGGAGUUACAACACCGACAAAAGUCAGAGGUAGGUGUGAAAGCACGCUAUAUGCAUAGUGCAUUAUAGUUUCAAAAGCUCCAGAGAAAAGGAAACUAAAAAAUGAGAAGUCGGAGAAGUUGGAUGUGGUCAAACGGAAGCAGUCCCAGAGCUUAAACAGGUAAAUAUUUAAAAAUAUAGGUUUGACUAAUGCUUAGACAAACCAGGACCAGUGUCAAUAGAGAUCCCAUAGAGCUGUUGGACAGUAUUUGGAAGGAAAUGGAAGAAGAUGACAAAAGAAAACGAGUAAAGGACACCGGCGAAGGUAGAGUAAAACAUUCGUAAUCACUACUUUCUUUCAGAAUGCUUUACGUCGCCUGGAAGUCCGGCUUAUCAACAUACAUCAACGCCUACUCCAAGUACAUCGCAAGCAAAGUUCACGAAGUACGAGCUACUUAGCGCUCCGAAGGACGAUACUGUGCUGAAGAGGUUAAUGUGCAAGAUGGGAUUAAUGGAAAGAAUACUCGCAUACAAAAUAAAGUAUUCGAAAAUGGAAACCUAUAGAAAUAUGAGAAUACAUGGGAAGCUGGACGAAUGUCGGAUGCCUGAUGUGAGUAUGGGAAAUUGUUUACGCUGUUGUAUAAAGGAGAGGGUAUCUAAAUUUCCGACCAGCUUCCCCUCAACUUCGCGAACAGUAUGGCCGAGUGGCUAGUGCAGAAGAAGUUAACUUUGGGCUAGAUUUGUCGUGCAAUGUUUUGUUUGAGCUGAAUUUCCCGAUUUGAGUUCAUACGCGUUGUUCAACUGAUUUUCGCAAAUUUGACGGGGAGUCGGUCGGAAAUUUAGAUACCCUUUCCCUCAUGUAUCGUAAAUCCCGUUUCAGGACGAAGGAGUCGAUUACGGAGUACCGCAGUUUGAUGGAGAGUUCAAGAAAUCGCGGGGUCCUCGAACUCCACCUGGCAAGGGCCCGCAGACUCCGCCGGGUUCACCAGACAUUGAAUCCGAAGUGAGUCAUGAAGGUGAUUGGAGGCGAGGAAAGGCCUCGCACUUAUCGGAUGUUGAUCGCACAAAAGGAUCCUACGGUGAUGAAGAAGACGAAGUUAAGAAACAGAAUCAACCCAGAACUCCCCCUAUGGAUAAUUCCUCCAGUUCUAAUAAAACAGAAGACGGUGAAUGUUCUUUUGUCCUACCACCACCGCCUCCUCCACCAAUGAUUGACAAGCCAUCAACUCCAAAACUACAGAAACCGCCUCAAGAAGGACAUAGAGUACCAGUCAAUUUAUGCGUUCCUCCACCAACGAAUCUUUUACCAAUAGACCUUUCGAAACCACCACCCCACUUUAACAUGGUCGCUCCGCCUCCAUUUAUUCCUUCAAAUGUCCCUCCACCAAGAAUUCCGGCAGUGAGAAUUUCACCGAUGCCUCCAGGUAUACGUCAUCCUUUGGUAACACCAAAUCCUGAUCCUUCUGUGCAUUCUGAAACUACAGAAUUAAACGAAAGAUCUGUUCUGCAGCGAGAAAAGCCGCCUACUAACUUUGGACCUCCACUUUUGCCACCAAUAGAACGGGCAAGAAAUGUAAUUUUCGCAGCGAUUCGUUUGGGACUGAUUGAGUUUUCGUGAAUGAAAGCGAUUAUGACCCGCCGCACGUCAAUUUGAGAAAGCCAAAAUAAUUUACCUAUUACAUACAUUUUUUACACCCCCACACGAAAAAGUGUUGAUCCUAGCAAAAACUUACCCGAUAAUUCCUUUUACAUUUCGCUAAGAAAUCCUAUGAAGGACAUGUCGCCCCAUUCAACCGAAAAUGGCUAGCCUUUUUUACUAUUUUCCUUAACAAGGGAUCGGCAAAUAGUUGUAACCUGCUUUCUUAACGAAACCUAUAUCAUUUGAAAGAGCAUUAAAAAUAGUUCACAGCGCAAAAAGAAUUAGCUGCCUAAAUUCACUUUGGACAAAGUUAUGGCCAAAAUACAGAUUUUAGCCAGAGAUUGCCACGGCUCCGGAGCCGGCUCUUGGCUCCGGCUCUGAGCGGCUCCGGCUCCCGAGCCCAAAGUCGGAGCCAGGCUUCCCAGCGGUCAGAAAAGUAAAAAUUUCGUGAUCUUGUUAAACCAAAUUGCUUCAAAAAACACUGCGGAGGAUGUGACUUGACUGCAGAAACGUUGGCUGUAUGAUCUCUGGCACUAAUAACUUUUAUUUUCGGAAAAAAUUUUUAAAAAAACAUUUUGCAUAGGAGCCGGGAUUCGGAGCCGGAGGCCUUUUAAAUUUUGCACGGAGCCAAGAGCCGGAGCCGGAGCUGCAAAUUUGGCCUCGGCUCCGGCUCUGGGAGCAAAGAGCCGGAGCCGGAGCCAAAAUUUUGACCGUGGCAAUCUCUGAUUUUAGCCUAAUUUCCGCCUCGCUUUAUAAGCUCUUGGAAUGGCAACAGAGUUGUGUCCAGUUGGCCGAGUGGUAGUGAGCCCACUUCCGGCGCAGCGAGUCCUGGUUGUUCCUCGCAGACAAAAUCCAUGGUUACGCAAUUUUUCUGAGUUUUUGAAUUUUUUUGAAACGACCACAAAUUUGAUGGUGAUGAGAGUGGGUAUGUCACUAUCGUAUAAUUCCAAGGGUGUUAUGCCAGUAGCCUGACCGAUUAUGAUUGUUGGAGGAUAAUUCAAUUUACAAGGGCCUAUAAAUAUACUUUUUUUGAAAAAAUACGAAGAUAAAAUUGUAAAAUCGGCCAAAGACACUAUUGCUGGCACAGUGGACCAACCAUUGGUAAGGCUAGGACAUAAGAAAUUUUCGAUUUUGAAAUUUUUGUUUGUGAAUGACCACGACGAUCAUAUAAAUCUAUUUCCAAAGCUUUUUGCUCCAAUUUUCCCUUUAACCUAGUUUUAUUUACAAUUUACUGUAACCAGCAGUAAUGUCUAAUAACAUACAACCGGGGAUUGGUAAAGCCAUAAAACGACCGUGAUAGACGUUUUUGGAUACCAGAAAAUUAAUAAAGACAAUUUCAAACCGCCAGGAUUACUGUAAUAUAAGGAACCGGCGUUUUGGCCGCAUAUAACCCCUUUCAAAAAGCGGUCGUAUCUAUGCCCUAAGGUAAUUUAGGCAGCUAAUUUUUUUUGCGCUGUGCACUAUUUUUAAUGCUCUUUCAAAUGAUACAUGUUUCGUUAAGAAAGCAGGGUGCAACUAUUUGCCGAUCCCUUGUAAGUGAAAAUCAUAAAAAAAUGAAAAAAAUCCUGAAAAUGCUCAUUGGUCAUAAUCGCCUGGAUUCAGUUUCCAUAGCCAUUGUUUGCAAAGGAUGUCUGACUAGCCUAUCCAAUGUGAGUUGUAUAGGCCACCUAUAAGAAGCUUUUUACAGCGGCUUCAACGCUUUGGCCAUUCCAACGUUUUGAUAGCUGUUUGUGAGAUUUCACAGCCCAACUCACUGGCUAGAUAGCCAGGCAAUUUUGCUAACAUUGGCUAUGAAAACUCGAUCUGCCUCAAACGUAGAAAAGAUGUAAUUCCACUUAUAAAAGUUUCAUCGUUUUAGAAUAUCCGAUUUCCAAUACCAAUCGACACCUCUCGGCCGCCGCCACCUUUUCCUCCUCCACGUUACCCCCGAGGUUUCGCUCGUUUUGUUCGCGGACCUUUUUCUAAUUCGCUGCGUCCAAAGGGGGGUCGCCCUAUGCAACUUCCUCCGCCGUACGAUAGGAAGAACUAA